AUGUUCCAUAAUCCUUCUGGUGCAUUUCUCAACCUUUUAGAUUCAUCCACUCUCUGUUGCAUAACCGCCAUCCUCCUCCUCUCCCUCAUUUCAGUUGCCUUUGUCUUUCAUCUCCGUCUCAAAUCACGCAGUGUACAACAUUUGCAGAGGUUCAAUUCCCUUUGGAUGGUACGUCUCCUUCUCGUCUUACUUAUAGCCAUCUGGGCCUCUAAUGAACUCUUUCGCUUGUCCUUCUUCCGUCGAAAUUAUCUCUUCCCUUUCUUUCCUUCCCUCACCCUAACGCAACAAGCCAGCUUUUGCAAAAUCCACAUUGUUUUCUCCUUAGGGUUUUUUGAGCCUGGUUUUCUUGUAACCCUACUUUUUCUUAUUAACGUAUCAACGGAGAAAAAAACUCCGCACACCACAUGGGCUAUAGCCUUCGUCUUGGCUAACUGUUUCCCAGUUCUUGCCUUGCAAGUUUUGCUCGUCUUCUUUUCUGGAUUACAUCUACCAUGGCCGGAGAUUUUUCUUAGAAGUUCAGUGGUUUCAAAAAGUGAAGAAGUGAUAUUAUGUCAAUACCCUUUAAUGAGUUCUAUCGUCUUUGGUGCUUUUGGGAUCUGGUAUUUGAUGGGCUUCUCAUUAGCAUGCUUCAAGGCGGUGAACCUUGUCAUCAACAAAGGGCUAAGGCGACGAAUUUGUGCUCUAUCUUUCACUGUCAUGAUAAUGUUACCGUUACAAAUUCUCUUCCUUGUCUCGUCGGUCUUAUGGGGUCCGGAGGAGAACAUUUAUGCCACCUUUGCGUUCUUUGUGUUCGGAACCACACUAGUAAUUGCAGCUGUGGGGGAGGGGAUUUUGGUAAUUAAACCCACCGUUGAUUCAUUGGUUGCUGGAGAAGAUGCUCUUCCAGCGUUUCUUCCUCGUGAGCAGACGGCGUCGGAGGAGCAGCAACUACCGAAAUUGGAAGACGCAAGAGUUCAAGUAUGA